GCGCCCCAAGCCUGUCCCUCCGCGCUCGCCGUCGCGCCGCAGCCAAUCAGCAGGCGCGCCGCGGGGCGGGCGGGAGCCGGCGCGCGGCGGGGGCGGCCAUGGAGGACGUGUGCGCCAAGUUCGUGUCGCAGAAGAUCAGCAAGACGCGCUGGCGGCCCCUGCCCGCCGCCGCGCUCCAGCCUCCCGACCUCUUCGCUACCGGCUCCUGGGACAACGAGGAUAACAGGAUCUCCAUUUGGUCUGUUGGAGACCUUGGAAAUGUGGGCCUCAAUGGUGAAUAUCAAGGAGAACCUCAGCUGCUGUGUGACAUCAGGCACAACGGUGAUGUUAUGGACAUGCAGUUUUUGGAUCAAGAGAGAAUCGUGGUUGCCUCAUCAACAGGAACUGUAACUGUAUUCCGUCAUCAUCAAAAUAACCAGACUUUAUCUGCCAACCAGCGGUGGGAGAAAGCCCAUUAUCAUGUGGAUCAAGACACAUCUUGUGGUGGAGCAGCAUGUACCGGAGUCAUCUGCAACAACCCAGAAAUUGUCACUGUUGGAGAAGAUGGUAGAAUAAAUCUCUUCAGAGCUGACCAAAAGGAUGCAGUAAGAACUAUAGACAAUGCAGACAGCAGUACGCUCCAUGCAGUGACUUUCCUUCGCACAACUGAGAUCUUGACGGUAAAUUCGAUUGGACAGUUAAAAAUAUGGGACCUCAAACAGCAAAGAAAUGAGCCAUCUCAAAUAUUUUCUUUGACAGGUGACAGAGUUCCACUGCACUGUGUGGACAGGCAUCCCAAUCAGCAGCAUAUUGUGGCCACGGGGGGCCAGGAUGGGAUGCUGAGUAUAUGGGACAUCAGGCAGGGUACUAUGCCAGUGUCCCUGCUAAACGCUCAUGAAGCAGAAAUGUGGGAAGUUCACUUCCAUCCCUCCAACCCCGAUCACUUAUUUACAUGUUCUGAAGAUGGAUCUCUUUGGCACUGGGAUACUUCCACAGAUAUAUCUGAAAAACCAUCUUUUCUUCAUCAAGGAGGAAGAAGUACUACCUAUUUUUCCCACAAUACCAUUAACCAGUCUGUAGUAAGUGCCUGGCUAAGCAACGAUCCUACCAAAGACCGCAUGGAAAUCACCAACUUAAUUCCAAAUCAGACUUUGUCUGUGAAUAGUUUAGAUAUUUUAGGACCAUGCCUAGUAUAUGGUACUGAUGCAGAGGCUAUUUACGUGAACAGACAACUUUUUGCAUGAAACAACUCCAGUAUCCCUUUGAAGUACUGAUCAUCUUGAACUUCUGGGAAAUGUCAUGUUCAUUCUUAAUGAUACUCAUUAGUCUUAUCAGCAUGUGGGGGAGAGGCCUACAGCUUGCUCCUGGUACUGCAGAAGAAAUGUAAGGAACCUCGGAUUCUGACAGCCAUCACUUGUUAUUGAUGCUCCAGGAUGGAUAACUGAGCAAGCUUACAUGUAAGCUUGCUCUCACUUCUCCCCCGGUGCCUGUUCGGUUUUGGUGAGCAGGAAGGUAGUCACUAAGGCAAGAUAUUUACUGUAAACUGAUGUCCAUAAUACAUAUGUGCAUACAAAGUGAAGAAAAGGUAAACCCUGGAUUUCCCCCCACCCCCGUAAAGAUAUUUUUCAAGUAUUAAUUCUAAGGCCAAACUAUGGGGUUCUUUGAAAUUCUUUUUAUGUCACCUGAGAUGGCAUUUUUUUAAGCUGAGGUUUUUUUAUAUAUUUAGGGGAACAUUUUAUGUUAGUUCAUGAGAAUUGGAAAGGAAAACUGUUAAAGCUGUGAAAUGUGAAAGGUUCUAUAGGAAUCUUAGCAUUUUAGUAACAUUAUUUUGGAUUAUUUACAGCUUCAUCAUGGAUGCUGCAUGUUAAAACUUGAUCUUGAUAAUGUGCCGGUAACUCUCUCAACAGAAAAGUGCUUGGGUUUUUUUUUUUUUUUUUUAUAGUUAGGGGUCGUAACUGACAGAUGCGUUGCUGUGUUUUCAGGUGUGAGAAUAAGACUUUUUCUAAACUUGAGACAUAGUCUUUGUCACAGUCAAAAUUUCACGUCUGGUCUGUUGCAAUCUUUGAAAAGUUAAAUUUUAUGAUUAGUGUUGUGCCUACCUUUUGUUGCAGAGAACCCUUUCUUUUUUUUAAUAAAAAGUUUUGCACAAGAAUACUGGUCUGACUUACUA